CGCUCGCUAGGCUAAAGAGCCCGCAGCGUCUCGCACUGAGCCGGUUUAAUCUCAACGUGACGAAGGACAACGACAGCAGGUCCGUCGUGAAGGCGUCCGGGGUGGUGUAGGCGCUCUGACUCGUCAUGGACGAGGACUACUACGCUGCCGGGGACUGGGAGUGCUCGGAGGGCAACACGGACGAUGGUUAUGUUGAAGGAGAAAAUGAUGGGAAGGUCCAGGAAGACUGUCUACAGAAGUUCUCCAGCAGGGACUAUAUAAUGGAACCUGCUGUCUUCAACACCCUCAAAACAUAUUUCCAAGCAGGUGGUUCUCCAGAAAAUGUUAUCCAGCUUCUAUCUGAAAACUACUCUGCUGUGGCCCAGACUGUCAACCUGUUGGCAGAGUGGCUUAUCCAGAUGGGUGUAGAACCAGCUCAGGUUCAAGAACGUGUUGAAAAUCACCUCAAGAGUCUUCUGAUAAAGCACUUUGACCCUCAGAAAGCAGAUUCUAUCUUUACUGUGGAGGGAGAGACUCCUGCUUGGCUGGAACAAAUGAUAGCCCACACGACAUGGAGAGACCUCUUCUACAAGCUGGCCGAAGCUCACCCCGACUGCCUGAUGCUCAACUUUACCGUGAAGCUUAUUUCAGAUGCAGGGUAUCAAGGAGAGAUCACCAGUGUGUCCACAGCUUGCCAGCAGUUGGAAGUGUUCUCCAGAGUUCUCAGGACCUCUCUGGCCACGCUGCUAGAUGGAGGAGAGGAAAACCUGGAGAAAAACCUGCCAGAAUUUGCUAAGAUGGUGUGUCAUGGAGAGCACACUUACCUCUUUGCCCAGGCCAUGAUGUCUAUCCUCGCUCAGGAAGAGCAGGGGGGAUCAGCCAUGCGCAGGAUUGGCCAGGAGGUACAGAAGUCGGCACACCAGAGAGGUCAUGAUGCCAGUCAGAUAACCCUUGCACUGGGCACAGCAGCAGCGUACCCCCGAGCCUGCCAAGCCCUGGGUGCCAUGCUGUCCAAAGGUGCCCUCAAUCCCGCUGACAUCACAGUUCUUUUCAAGAUGUUCAGUAGCAUGGACCCGCCUCCUGUGGAGCUGAUCCGAGUGCCUGCCUUUUUGGAUCUCUUCAUGCAGUCAUUGUUUAAGCCCGGCUCAAAGAUCAACCAGGACCAUAAACACAAAUACAUUCACAUACUGGCAUAUGCUGCCAGCGUGGUCGAGACAUGGAAAAAGAACAAACGAGUCAACAUCAAUAAGGAUGAGCUCAAGUCUACUUCCAAAGCCAUAGAGACUGUCCACAACCUGUGCUGCAAUGAGAACAAAGGUGCUACGGAACUGGUGGCUGAACUUGGUACUCUGUACCAGUGCAUUCGGUUUCCAGUGGUUGCAAUGGGGGUUUUAAAAUGGGUGGACUGGACAGUCUCUGAGCCCAGAUACUUUCAGCUCCAGACGGACCACACUCCUGUCCAUUUAGCAUUGCUGGAUGAGAUAUGCACUUGUCACCAGCUGCUGCACCCGCAGGUUCUUCAGCUGCUCAUCAAACUGUUUGAGACGGAGCACUCCCAGCUGGACGUCAUGGAGCAGCUGGAGUUGAAGAAGACCCUGUUAGACCGCAUGGUUCAUCUACUGAGUCGUGGCUAUGUUCUGCCCGUGGUCGGCUACAUCCGCAAGUGUUUGGAGAAACUCAACACAGACAUCUCUCUGAUCCGGUACUUUCUCACUGAGGUGCUGGACGUCAUCGCCCCGCCGUACACAUCAGACUUUGUGCAGCUCUUCUUGCCCAUCCUGGAGAAUGACAGCAUAGCUGGCACCAUCCGCACAGAGGGCGAGAACGAUCCUGUCGCUGAGUUCAUAGCUCACUGCAAGUCUAACUUCAUCAUGAUUAACUGAUUCGGGGAGGUGUCACAGUUGUCUUUCCUGAAACUGCACUGGGAAGACAGAGAACUGAAGGCAAGGAUGUCCCAUGAGCCAACACAAUUCUGCUGCUGGACACUGAAGCAAAACCUGGUUUGGAGAUGGACUGUGGCUUUUCACUCAAUAAACUGGAAUUUAUUUCUAAUGAGGCUGCACUGAGUCAUUAAAAUAUAUCUCAGUAAGUACAAGUCUGAAGUUAUGGCCUCUUGUUUUGCUUUCAUAAAUGUAUAUGUGAUUUUUUUUAGAUUUUGUUUUGUGCUCUCAAAUAAAAAUUGAUUGUAA